AUGCCACAGAAAUAUAUAGAUAUUAUGAUGCAAGCUCUUGAAUUUGAGCCAAAUAAUCGUCCUACUAUUUGUAAUAUGUUUAAAGGUUUGUAUGAUAUUGUGAAUAAUCCAGAGAAUGCUCAACAAUCACAUGUAAAGUCAUCCAAAAGAGACUUUUCUCAAUCCAGCUUUCUAUCAGUAGAAAAUGCUAUGAAUGAAGCCAAAAAACCUGAUGGAGAUAAGCAGAAGGCACUGGGAUAUAUCAAUAUAUUUUCUGAACUUGGAGAUCCUAAAGCAAGUUAUUAUAAAGGCUAUUUUUUGCAACAAAAGCUUUAUAGUAGAAUAUUAUUUGACCAAUACGAGAAAAUACCAAAAGUACAAAAAGACAUUGCCAGUCUUUUUAA